GUAUAAAUUAGGCCGAAAUAUAUCUACCAGCAUCAUUCAACUGUUCAACAUCUAAUCAUGAAGUUCCUAGUCCUCCUUUGUGUUGUGUUCGGAGCCAUGGCUGAGCUGCCUCGCUUCAGACCAGCGAGGUUCAGGUUCCAGCGCCAAGAAUUAGCUCCGACAACCACGGAUUCACCAACCGAAGCAACAACUGAGGAGACUGGACCCUACCCGCCUUCAGGAUGGAAGCCUGCUGGCGAGCCCUUUACACUACCUAAUGAAGAACCUGCUGACAAGCCUGCUGAUCAAUACGGACCCCCUGACGCGCCUUACCCGCCUUCUGGAUGGAAGCCACAGGGUCAAGCAUUUGAACUGCCGAAACAAACCCCACCGGCCACAAGCUACGGGGUACCAGACAACACCUAUGGAGUUCCUGACAGCACUGACGCUCCAACUACUGAUAACCCUCAGGCUGAAAGAUUGGAAGGUCCCGUCGAAGUCCAGAAGAGUGAGGGAACAUACUUCGUGUUACUUCCUAAUGGUCAACUGCAGAGAGUGGAGUUUGUGACUGAGAAUGAUGUUCAGAAAAUGAAGUACACAGCGAGACUCCAGCUCCGGAACCCCGCACCUCUCUUAGUAAUCAGGCCUUGAAAUAUUAUGUAAAGGUAUAUCAAUAUAAUAAAGUGCUUAUAAUUAAAGUCGAAUUUUACUCUCCUUUGA